CGCGUCCUCCCAUUCGCCCUCACAGUCACGACACGGAUCAGGCCAGCGAUAUUCGCCUGUCCCUUCGGCAAGCCCAUCAGACAGUCCAGAGUGAGAGAGCUUGACACUCGACUAAACGCUGCCCCAUUGCUCCAGCGAGCGAGAGACGCAACUACUGCCAGGGCGGGCCACACGUCUUCAGCAUCUAUCGCUCACUUCUUCUCAUGUUUGAGGAUGCCCGAGCCAAGCAGAUUGUUCGGCAAGCGAGCCACCGAAGCUGGCAGAGCAACCAUCCAUACACGUCUGAAUGAUCCAGACACGCAACGCAACCCUUACAUCAACUUUGUAGAAGCGCUGCCUCAAACAGAUGGCUCGGAACACGAAGCGUUGGAAAGGCUACAGAACGUGUGCGCAAUGUUGAAGCCGCUGAUGAGAGAGCACAGUUUCAAGGUGAAUACGCUGCAAGAGCAUGAACCCAACAAGGAGUUCCUGGGAAGAUGUUGGAACAACGGAGAAGUCAUAGAGUUGGUGCUGAGACGCAUGGACGAUCCCAGACAUUUCUUGUCCUUGCAAUUCGUUUGCAUGGUCUUCUGCCACGAAUUGGCACACAUACACCACAUGAACCACGCUGCGGGUCACACCAAGCUCACCAAGGACUUGUGCACUAGCGUUCGUAAACUCCAGUCCGAGGGGUAUACUGGGGACGGAUUUUGGUCAGCUGGUCAACGAGUUGCUGAUGCUACUUGCGUCGAGGGCAUCAGCCAGCUGCAGCCGGGUUGUCGACUUCCUCAAGCACUUUGCGGAGGUGCGAGUAGGCGGAGCGCUAGCGGAAGUGCGGGUCGUAAACGUGUGAGACAAAGCGUUGGAGGAAGAUCAAGCAGAGGCUUUAAAGGACCUUCGGAGCAUACGGGCGCUCAGACUGCUCGCAACCUGGACCCUAGCAGUGGCAAAAGCACACGGAGGAAUGCGCGCGAAAUGCCUGGUGGAGGAGGUCGCGUGGAUGGACGGGACUGGCUGCCUACAGCGAGCGCGAAAAACGACGACUACAAGAAGGAUCGCAAUUCCACGUUUCGUAAGCAAGCAAACAGCAAGUCUGCUCGCGACUUGAGAGCGGAAGCGACUGAGCGACGUUUGCGCGAGCUGGGUGGAGCAGCUUCUGCGAUCGCUGGGCCGAGCACGCUCUCUGCGAGGCGAUUUAGAGGUGUCGCAUCGGAGAGCGAAACGGAGGAUGAGAAGCCAGAGAUUAAACCUCCUCCUCGCGUUCAGAGCGCGGUGAGCCAUGUCGAUGCGGCGGCUACUCGUUUGGGUACGGGCGCAUCGAAAGGCUCGCAGCAGCUCACUUCGCAAGAGAGAAACUCUAGGCUAGCUCAGAUCUUGAACAAAGAGCGCAGCUGGCAAAAAGCGGAUUCCAUGUCCGCAAGCGCGUCGGCGCCGCUGCCUGUGCGAGUUCAGACGUCCAAAGAGAAGCUAGCUACUGUAGCGCGGCCGCCGGCUAAGCCGCUCGAGAGAGCCAAAGGUUCCAGAGCUCCGGCGCAUCAAUUAGGUAGCGGAGCAACCUGGGGCGAUUUACACCGAGCUGCGCACACGUCGAACGCUACGCUUACUCAAGGCCAAAGAUCAGGCGUAAAGGACUGGAUCGAGAGGCAUGCUGCCUCUGAAGGGAAUAUCGCAGGCCAGACCAGAAGCGCAGAUCCUUCUACCAUUGAUCUGACAGACGACAUGGACGAUCAAACGUCUGCUGCCUCGCCAAAGUGGACUUGUAAAGUGUGCACCCUUAUCAAUCAGCCUACGCUUUUCAGGUGCGCAGCUUGCAAUACUGGCAAAGGCAGCUCGAUUCUUGGAGAAUGACGCCCGCCUAUCAAGACUCACGAUCAUACCAAGUCAGCUGCAGCA